AUGUCUCGAAAGCUCAAGAUUGGCAUCGCUGGCCUCGGCCGUAUGGGUGCCCGCCACGCGAACCAUUUCAACGCUCUCACGCCUCGAGCAGAACUCAUCGCCGCCUGCUCACCAGCGCCGCACGAACUAGAAUGGGCUGCCACGAAUUUGCCAGAUGUGCGAACAUACUCAAGCUUCGACGAGAUGCUUGAGAACGAGACCGCCCUUGAAGCCGUCGUCAUUGCAUCCAUCACCGCCGCUCACGCCGAGCAAGCCAUCAAGGCUAUGCAGAAGGGCCUCCACGUACUCUGUGAGAAGCCACUGAGUAUCGACGCCGAGAUCUCCCAAACGGUCGUCGACACAUACGCCAAAUCCAUCAAGCAGUAUCCCUCUCAGAAGGUCAUGUGCGGCUUCUCCCGCCGUUUCGACGCCUCAUAUCAAGACGCCUACGCAAAGACGCGAUCUGGUCUCAUCGGGCGACCGACUAUCUUUCGUUCUCAGACCUGCGACAAACGUGACCCUUCAGGCUUCUUUAUCAACUUCGCUGCAUCGUCCGGCGGGAUUUUUGUUGACUGUUCGGUCCAUGACAUCGAUUUAGCACUCUGGUUCCUGGGCGAGGACUCAGUCAUCAAAUCUAUCAGCGCUGUCGGCGUGUCGGCCGUGUCUCCUGGCCUAGACGCGCACAAUGAUCGAGACAAUGCAGUUGGAUUUGUGGAGUUCUGGGGUGGGAAAAUUGCCUACUUCUACACGUGCAGAAUGAUGGCCGCUGGUCAGGAGGACUCGACAGAGAUCAUCGGAACUGAGGGUAAGUUGACGGUGAACAUGCAGCCUCAGAUGAAUCUCGUUAGUAUUUACGAGUCGACGGGCAUCAGGAAAGAGAUUCCACAGAACUACUAUGAUAGGUUUCGGGAGGCUCUGGUCAAUGAGGCUAACGAGUUUGUGGCGUGUUGUCUUGAUGACAAGCCGUUGCCGCUGAAGUUGUCGGGUGCGGUGAGUGCAGUCAGGAUUGCUCAUGCGUUGCAGGAGUCCAUGAUCUCGGGGAAGAAGAUCGACUUCGAUGAGGCCGGGACGAGGAUCGUGCCAACUUUGAACGGCCACUAA